AUGGUGUUCGUGAGCUCGGCCGUGCUGGGGGCGGCCGCCGGCACCGGUCUGGCCCUGCUGGUGGCCGUCACGAUCGUGAUGUACCGGUACUACGUGGUGCGCCGGAAGGGCAAGGAGUGGGCCGAGCUGGACCGGCUCGAGGAGAAGAAGGCGGCCCGGAAGAUCAACCUGCAAGACUGCAACGUGACGAGUGGCUCGGUGCCGGUGCAGCCGGCCAGCAGCGUGGUUCAUCAUUCGAUUAGCUCGGAAACGCUGGCGACCGGCCCGGUCGAGGUUACGCCGAGCCCGCUUCAGCCGGGUCUGCCCGACCGGUCGGCCAAGAAGACGUACGGGACGGGUGGAGCGGCUGACACACGCGGAGGUUCCGGUUCCAGGCCACCACAUCCUCACGCCGCCGCUUCCUCCUCGCGCAACAACAGCAUGGAAAGCGUCCAUUCCCGGAGCUCGAGCUACCGCGAGUGCAUGCCGAAAUUUAUGACACACGCCAACAGCGACACGCGUUCCACGGCAUCCGAUAAUUUGAUUUUGAGGAAAACUUCACGCUCGCCGAGUCCAAUGCGCACAUUCAGCCUGGAAGGACGUUUCCCUAUCGGUUCCGGUUCCGGCGGACCAGGGGAAGGUACGGAACGAGGCAGCAAGGUCAGCCUGGCGUCGGUCGUAAGUGUCAAUCCGCGCGACAUCAACUCGCCGAAGAAGCGCAACAGCACCUUCUCGGGUGUGUCCAUGUCGAGCGAAUCGGGCGUCCCGGACAGCCCAAUCGGUUCCAUCCGGUCAUCCGACAGCACCCGCUCUCCCCGACGCCGCGUCCCCGUCAUCCUGGCCGCGAAUGACAUCCACUCCGUACUGGGUCGGUUCCACUUGCGGCUGAAGUACGAUGGCGCGAAGGAGGAACUGAUGGUGCAUCUGGUCGAAGCGCACGAUCUUACGCCCGGCGGGAAUGCCAGCUUCCGCGAUCCGUACGUGAAGAUGUACCUGGAGCCGGACGACGAACAGCGGACGCAGCAGACGGCGGUACAUCGCACCGAAACGCAUCCGUACUUCGACCAGCAGCUUUCCUUCCCGCUGAAGCCACGGAAUUUGGUGAAGAGCAACUUUGUCCUGCAGCUUCUCGAUUACGAUCGCUUCUCGCACGACGAGGUCGUCGGGGAGAUCCGGUUCCUGCUUAACACGCUCGACCUGUCCGGGUGCGAGCUGUGGGGUGAUCUGAUCGCCGUCCGGAAGCCCUCGGAGACGACGACCGAGCUGCUGAUUUCCCUCAGCUAUCUGCCCCAGGCCGAGCGGCUGACGGUGGUUGUGAUGAAGGCGAAAAACCUCACCAUCUCCCACGAACCUUUUGUGAAGCUGUACCUCCUGGUGAACGAUAAGCGCACCAAAAAGCGUAAAACCAGCGCCAUCCGGGCGCUCGAUCCGACCAAUCCGAUCUGGAACGAAGCGUUUACGUUCGAGCUGCCGUCCUCGCAGUUGCAGGACGCCGGCGUGGAGCUGUUCGUGACAUCGAACGAGGGCGAAGGGCAGGAUCUCGGUUGCGGGGUCGGUCUGCGCGAGGGCGGUACCGGCACGCAGCACUGGCAGGAUCUGAUGCAGAACAACCGGAAACCCAUCGCCAUGUGGCACGUUCUGCGAUAA